AGUCCAAUCGUUUUAUGCUUUCCGCACUCUCUAAUUGGAGAUGUAAGGUUUCCCAUAUUGCAAAUUAGUUAGAUUUUGAAAGAACCUUGUGGUUUUAAUGUCAAAAUGAAAACAAAGUUUCCCUCAAUCCAAAUUCUUAGAAUGGUAAAGGUUAUAUAAUAAAUAGAAAAAAUGUCCGAUGCAACCAAAUUUGUAAAUACACCCCACAUUUGGAGUAGAAGUAUUAUAAAAUUUCAUUUUAGAUAGCUUAGGUCUGUAAAAAUAGAGAUUCUUAGUUUGACCCCGUGACCAAUUGAGUGAUUGGGCUGUUAGUACAAAUCAUUGGUAACAAAGCAGCCAUUCAGUGCUAGUGGAAUAUUCUCACACAUCCUAAAAGAUGGGUAAAAUCGAGGAAAUGAUAUUCUAUUGUGGAAUAUCAUUGUUGAUGACAGCAACUUUUGGCCUGAUGUUGCCUUUUCUAAUUCUUCAAAUAUCAACUGCUACAGGCUUCACUGGUGAUCACACAAUAGGUGUAUCAUGGGUCUAUCUGUCAUGUGUUUUCAUCUUCUGCAUGGUUUUACAAUGGAUACCAAGAGGCAGGUUGAAUCCUAAAGGAAAAGCUGUUUUUAUCACAGGGUGUGAUACAGGAUUUGGUUUUCUGUUGGCGAAACAACUUGAUGCAUUGGGAAUGUAUGUGUUUGCAGGUUGUUACUUGAAAGAUAAGGGUGGAGAUGGAGUAAAGCAUUUGGAAAAAACAGGUUCAGAUCGAUUAAAAGUUGUGCAACUCGAUGUGUCUGAUGAGGAGAGUGUGAAAAAGGCUGUUAAAUUUAUUGAGGACAAUCUUCCUUCUGGACAAAAAGGUCUUUGGGGAGUUGUGAAUAAUGCUGGAACAUCAGCAUUUGGUGAUAUCGAGUGGUCAUCAAUUGAGCUAUAUAAAAGGGUUGCUGAAGUCAAUCUAUGGGGAGUUAUCAGGGUCACAAAGGCUUGUUUACCAAUGAUAAGAAGGGCUAAAGGAAGAGUUGUGAAUAUGGCAAGUGGUCUGUCACGUAUCACUGCUGCAUCAAGAUCUGUAUACUGUGUGUCCAAAUAUGGAGUUCAGUGUUUUUCAGAUUGCCUGCGAUAUGAAAUGAGACAAUGGGGAGUAAAGGUAUCAAUCAUAGAACCAGGAAACUACAUUGCUGGCACGAAUAUCUUCACUAAACAAUCUGUUGCUGCUUUGGGUGAUAGAAUGUGGGGUGAAAUGUCUGAAACAGCUAAGGCAGAUUAUGGAAGAGAAUAUUUUGAUAGAAAGGUAAAUGAAAUGGUAGGAUACUGCAAUGCUGGUGUGAAAGACCUCACUCCUGUUACUGAUGCCUAUGAAGAUGCAUUAUUAUCAAAACACCCUUUCAUUCGCUACAAUCCCAUGACUCCAUAUUGGAGAAUCCGGCUGUUCAUAAUGUCAAUACUUCCCACGCCCAUUGGUGAUUACAUGUAUAUCUACAAAGAUUCACAAACCAUCAAUUCAUCCAAAUUCAACUGAUUUGGAGACAUGGAGCGUUAUUUUGGCCUGGUAAUUUAAUUAGAAUAUCGAUGUGAAUCAAACUUUGCACUCAUUGUACCAUAUGGGUACUCCUGAAGUAUGCGCACCAAGAUGUCGCACAACCAUCUUGGUGCGCAUACUUCAGGAGGUCCAUCAUAUGUUUAUAUAUAUAUAAUAUCAGCAAUAAAAUCGUUCAUGUGUUCACUGAUUU